AUGCGUCGUCGGUCGACAGGUACAAAGAGCCACUAUGGAUCAUGCAUUUGGUGCGAUUAUAACAUCGAUACUGAUGAUGCAACCGAAGUUCCCAAUACUGGUGUUACUCGGGAAUACUGGCUCGAACUCACCGAUGUGAUGGUGGCUCCCGGUGGAGUAUCGAGAUCUGCAGUCGCUAUCAAUGGGUCGAUUCCAGGGCCGACUCUCUUUGCCGAUUGGGGUGAUACGAUGGUCGUCCACCAGAACUUCACCGUUCAGAACGAUGGUGUGGUCGCAAUCACACACGCUCAGACUAGUGGGCCCCCAACUUUAGAUAACGGUCUGAUCAAUGGCACAAACGUUUAUGGUGACGACGAAUCCGACAGCCAGACAGGAACUCGUUUCAGCACAGACUUCACCUCUGGAACUUCUUACCGGCUCCGCCUGGUCGACGGUGCAAAUGAUACCGUGUUAAAGUUCUCUAUCGACAAUCAUACUCUGACUGUGAUCAGUGCAGAUUUUGUUCCUAUUCAGCCCUACGAUACAACAAUGCUGACCAUUAGUCAAAUAUAUGACGUGAUAGUCACAGCUGAUCAGGCCGAUAUUGCGGAUAGUUUCUGGAUGCGCGCCAUUCCACAGCUAGCCUGUUCCGACAAUGACAGUACCGACAACAUCAAGGGGAUUGUGUUCUAUGACGGCUCGACGACCACACCCACCACUACCGGCUAUAGCUAUACGGACAGUUGUAACGAUGAGGAUGUUGUCAACCUCGUACCCGUUGUCUCCAAGACCGUCGAUUCGACUUUCACGAAAAAGGACGAGCCCGUCACUCUGGGCGGAAACAGUGACAGUCUAUUUCGUUGGUUCAUGAACGGCACGUCGAUGGAUGUAGAUUGGGAGACCCCGACCCUUCUACAAGCGUACAACAACAGCACAAGCUUACAACAACAGCACAAGCUUCGCGAGCUCUAG